UGGUACGGCCCGGGCUGGCAGGGUGAGGCUGGGGGCUCCGGGCCUGAGAGCAAGACGGCUGCGGGCUGGCAUCAGCAAAGCACAGCAAGAGGCUCGGCUCAGGAAGACACGCUCACACGGCGCAGCGCCAGGCUCCGCAGCAGAUGCCCAAGAAGCAGGAAGCGAAAGCUGCAUAGUCCUACGUGAGCCGCCAGCUGGGCUCUCCUCCGGCCGUGCCCGGGGCGCAGCCCCACUGUGACGGGGGGCGACUGAGAGGGGUCGAGGUGGCACGGGGCCAGGGACCUGGGAUCCCGGGGCUCGGCUCUGCAGCCGGAGGAUGGAGUCCGUGGCUCUGUACAACUUCCAGACGACCGAGAAGGACGAGCUGCCUUUCCAUAAGGGCGACACGCUGAAGAUCCUGAACAUGGAAGAUGACCAGAACUGGUACAAGGCCGAGCUGUACGGCUCCGAAGGCUUCGUCCCAAAGAACUACAUCAAAGUCAAGCCGCACCCGUGGUACGCGGGCCGGAUCUCCAGGCACCUGGCCGAGGAGAUGCUGCUCAAGCGCAAGCACUUGGGAGCCUUCCUGAUCCGUGAGAGCGAGAGUGCCCCAGGAGACUUCUCCAUCUCCGUCAACUAUGGGGACAACGUCCAGCACUUCAAGGUGCUCCGGGAGCGCAACGGCAAGUACUUCCUCUGGGAGGAGAAAUUCAACUCCCUGAACGAGCUGGUGGACUUCUACCGGACGACCACCAUCGCCAAGAAGCAGCAGGUCUUCCUGAGGGACGACAACCCACCCCACGAGGCAAGGAAGCCCAAGUUCGUCCAGGCCCAGUUCGACUUCUCUACCCACGACGAGUCCCAGCUGCCCUUCUACCGUGGGGACAUCAUCGAGGUGCUCGACUGCCCCGACCCCAACUGGUGGAAAGGGAAGAUCUACGGGCGGGUCGGCCUGUUCCCCCGGAACUACGUACACCCCGUCCACAAGUGACCGGCUGGGGGGACCCCCCGGUACCACUCCCUCGGUACCCCACGGACAGACUGAGCAGCCCGGGAGCUGACACAGAGCUUGUGGGAGACGAGUCACCUGGCAUCGGAGAGCCCAGGACCUCUCCCGGUGCUACAGCCAGACUGGGGCACGCUGGACCCUGCUGUGAAUCGCGCCUCCUGCCAAACCCCUGCGCCCCUGGAGCUGCCUCUGGCUGAGGACUGGCAGACGCUUGACCCACACCCCAGCGGGAGCCUAGAUACGGCAGCUCUGGCUGCGUCUGUGUGCUGCUCCCUCCCUGCUCCACCCCCGUGUCUCUCAACCGUGAGCUUUUCAGGGCAGGAAACUCUGUCUUCACACCUGUUAGCAAGGGGCCAAGCCGCACGCCGGGCACUGUGCACAAUAAAAAGGCCUAACCGCAG